UUCCUGGUGUGUAGCCUGGCAAGCACCCACUUCCUGCCUUUCUGGGUUUACACAGCCCUGCACUCAGGCACUCGCGUGUUGAUUCAUUUGUCCCGGGUUUUCCACAGCUUUCUCUAAAUUGGACAAAGAUCCAGCAUCCAGAGGAGGAGAGGACACCUCCAUGCCCCAGUCCCAAAGCUCUGUCGACUUUGCCUUUGGACACCCGCCCAGGAGGCUGUGUCCAACCUGGAGAUCCUAAAGAGCAGAAACACAGUUGUGCAAAUGGAUCCAGACACAUUCUUCAAAGACUUUUAUAAUAGACCCAUCCUUUCUGAUCGGAACACCGUCUGGCUGUGCUACGAAGUGAAAAUGAAAACAAACGACCGCUCAAGUUCCCCUUUGGUUGCAAACAUCUUUGAAGGCAAGGUCUAUUUGAAGCCUCAACACCACGCAGAGAUGAGAUUCCUCCAUUGGUUCCGAAAGUGGAAGCUGUAUAGUGACCAGGAGUACGAGGUCACCUGGUUUGUGUCCUGGAGCCCCUGCCCAGUGUGUGCAAGGAAUGUGGCUGAGUUCCUGGCCAGGGACGGGAAGGUCACCCUGACCAUCUUCGUGGCCCGCCUCUACUACUUCUGGGACCCACAUUACCAGAAGGAGCUUCGCAGACUGUGUCAGAAAAAAAAGAAUCCUCAUGCCACCAUGAAGAUCAUGAGUUAUGGUGAAUUUCAACACUGUUGGGACAAUUUCGUAAAAAACCAAAGAGAGCCAUUCAGGCCUUGGAAUGCGCUGCCUAAGCAUUAUAAGUUACUGCUCAUCACCCUGGGGGAGGUUCUCAGACACCUGAUGGAUCCAGGCACAUUCACUUACAACUUUACCAAUGACCCUUUGGUCCUUGGACGGCACCAGACCUACCUGUGUUACGAGGUAGAGCACCUGCACAGUGGCACCUGGGUCCCGCUGCACCAGCACAGGGGCUUCAUACUCAACGAGGCUUCAAAUAGUCUCAGUUUCCCUGAAGGCCGCCAUGCAGAGCUGUGCCUCCUGGAUCUGAUUUUGUUUUGGAAGCUGGACCCGGCCCAGCGCUACAGGGUCACCUGCUUCAUCUCCUGGAGCCCCUGCUUCUGCUGUGCCGAGAAGGUGGCUGAAUUCCUUCAAGAGAACCCACACGUGAACCUGCGCAUCUUCGCUGCCCGCAUUUAUGAUUAUUGCCCAGGACAUGAGGAGGGGCUGCGCAGGCUGGACAGAGCUGGGGCCCCAAUUUCCAUGAUGAAAUACAGUGAGUUUAGUCACUGCUGGGACACCUUUGUGGAUCACCGCAGACGCCGCUUCAAACCCUGGGAGGACCUAAAUGAGCACAGCCAAGCCCUGAGUGGGAGGCUGCAGGCCAUUCUCCAGAGAAACUGAUGGAUGAGCCUUAGUCUCUAAGGAAGGCAGAGACCUGGGCUGAGCAUCGGAAUAAAAGAUCUUCCAAGAAAUACAACCAGGCCGUUCACCGCCAUCUCCAGCUGAUCACAGACGCCAGCAAAGCAAUUCGCUCCUGACAAGUAGAUUAUUUUAAAAAUUAGAGCGAAUUACUUUUAAUAAAAAAUGUAUGUGAUAUUUCAAGAAUACAGUAGUGAGAUUGUGCUCAAUACUCUCAGAAAGGUUUCAAACCUACUCAUCCAGUGACAAUUUGAAUUGGCUUUAUAUGUAGAGGAAUAAAAUGAAAUACUAUUUUUUUUUUUUUUUUUUGAGACAGUGUCUCACUUUGUCACCCAGGCUGGAAUGCAAUGGCAUGAUCUCAGCUCACUGCAACUUCUGCCUCCCAGGUUCAAGCGAUUCUCUGGCCUCAGCCUCCCGAGUAGCUAGGACUACAGGCACAUGUCACCAUGCCUGGCUAAUUUUUGCAUUUUAGUAGAGAUGGCGUUUCACCUUGUUGGCCAUGAUGGUCUCGAUUUCCUGACCUCAUGAUCUGCCCGCCUCGGCCUCCCAAAGUGCUGGGAUUACAGGUAUGAGCCACCACGCCCGGCCUAAAUCCACCCUUUAUAAGGACAUCAGACAUAUUGAAUUAGGAACCACCCCAAUGACCUCAUCCACCAUGCCUGGCCUUUCUUUCUUCUUUUUUUUUUUUUUUUUUUGAGACGGAGUUUCGCUCUUGUUACCCAGGCUGGAGUGCAAUGGUGCGAUCUCGGCUCACCGCAACCUCCGCCUCCUGGGUUCAGGCAAUUCUCCUGCCUCAGCCUCCUGAGUUGGGAUUAUGGGCAUGCGCCACCAUGCCCAGCUAAUUUUUUUAUUUUUUAUUUUCAGUAGAGACGGGGUUUCACCACGUUGACCAGGAUGGUCUCCAUCUCUUGACCUCGUGAUCCACCCACCUCAGACUCCCAAGGUGCUGGGAUUACAGGCAUGAGCCACCGCGCCCAGCCAUGGCCUUUCUUAUAUUGGAGACUUAUGUAUGUAAAAGCUAAGCUAUGUCUACAUGAGGGCGAGCUGACAGUGUGACAAGAUUUAUUACUUUGUUGAUACAAAGAAAGUUAUCCAGGGCCAGGCGUGGUGACUCAUGCCUGUAAUCCCAGCACUGUGGGAGGCCAAGGUGGGUCAAUCACCUGAGGUCAGGAGUUUGAGACCAACCUGGCCAACAUGGUGAAACCCCAUCUCUACUAAAAUACAAACAUUAGCUGGGAAUGGUGGCAGGUGCCUGUAAUCCCAACUACUCGAGAGGCUGAGGCAGGAGAAUUGCUUGAACCUGGGAGGCAGAGGUUUUAGUGAGCCGAGAUUGAGCCACUGCCCUUCAGCCUGAUCUAGGGAAUUUAGUUUGACAUCAAGUACACGAAAGCACAAUAAAUGCACUGAUGGGAAGCGAAGUACGUGCUUACCAGGGAGGAUGAUCGCUUUCUCCAAAUGAGGGUGAAAUCACCUCUUUUAAACUUGUCGAGGUGCAAACCUCACAGCCCAGGUCAACAGGAGGAAAAUAACACUCCUAGGCCGGGUGUGGUGGCUCUGCACUUUGGGAAGCUGAGGCUGGUGAAUCACAAGGUCAGGAGUUCAAGACCAGCCUGGCCAAUAUGGUGAAAUCCUGUCUCUACUAAAAAUAUAAAAAUUAGCCAGGCAUGGUGGCAGGUGCCUGUGAUCCCAGCUACUCCAGAGGCUGAGUCAGGAGAAUUACUGGAACCCGGGAGGCAGAGGUUACAGUGAGCCAAGGUCACACCACUUUACUCCAGCCUUGGUGACAGGGUGAGACUCUGUCAAAAACAAAACAAAACAGAAAAACCCUCCUCCUAACAGGAAAUCUUCCAAACAGAAGGGGGAAAGACCUCUCCCAACCUUAUCCAAAAUAAAACAGAAUGCAAACCCAAUUCUGGAGUUUUGUUCAAGAAAGAUCUACCAGGGGGCUGAGGGGUUACCAGUGUGGAUUCCUCCCACCAUAGUUCUGUGGGCUGGCGAUUCCUCUGGAGGGUCCCACUUCUGGCAUCAUGUAUGUCAAAGGCAAAACCGUGGAGAGGAAUCUCUAAAUCGAAUGUUUCAUUUCUGUGGGAAGUAGACAAGUUCAUUUUUAAAGUUUCCCUUCCUGUUGAAAAAUAAGUGUGCUGAUAACUCUUUGUUAAGCCGUACCCUAUGUAGCUGUUAGACAUGCCAUGCUGACAGGCACGUAGUACAUUCUACGUCCUGGCACUUUAACCAGGAUAUCUGUGCCGGAAGUGCUUGCUCACAGGCAUGUCCCGCCUCUCCAUUGCUUUUACCUGUUUGGAAAAGUUUUAAGUUAUUAGCCAACUGGGUUUUAGUUUAGAUUGUGAGGUCUGGCUCCAGCCAAUGGAGAUCAGACACAGCAGUAAGGAUGACCCCAAAUGCUUAAAAAAAAAAAAAAUUAUAUGUUUUCCUUUGUUCGUUGUACUCUCAUGGCAAGAUGGCUAGUGAGAGUACCCUUUCUGCAGUCCAGGAAGUAAAAUUGCGUUGCUGAACA